AGAACAACCGUCAUGGCCGCUGCCGUAGUUAGAGGUAUCGGUUCUAACCUUGCUAAAAACCUCCGAGAGAUUCGUCUACACUUGUGCCAGACCUCACCGGCAAGUCAAGGAACAAGGGAUUUUAUCGAGAAACAUUAUGUGGAACUGAAGAAGGCAAACCCGACAUUUCCCAUCCUCAUCAGGGAGUGCUCAGGUGUCCAGCCGAAGCUUUGGGCAAGAUAUGAGUUUGGUAAGGAGACCAGUGUUGCCCUUGACAACAUGAACGCUGACCAAGUAGCUAAAGCACUGGAGACAGUUGUGAAACCAAAAGCAUGACUUUCCCAGGGGCUUGGAAGACAACUUCUCAACCAUGAGAUGGAGUGUCAAUUGUAAAUGAUGUGUAACACAAACUAUUGCUGUUCUAAUAAAUAGGAUUAUUGU